AUGAUUGCAAUUCAAGCUGUCAUGAAGUACGGCGCGCCGUUUCGUCACCGCAACACACCCCCCAUUCCUCCUUGGGCCGCCACAGUGAUUCUUACAAACAACUACCUCGAAUCGCCCUUCGGUCAACCAUUUGCCAUUUUCUUUGGCACCUUGUGUUCAGCCGUAAUUGGCGUGGGGCUCACCAAACUAUUUCUGCUGGCAGGAGCCUCCGGCGAGUCUCAUUUGUGGAUCUGUGGUGCCCUCUCUGUCGCAAUUGCAUCUAUCUUUAUGAGCCAUACCCAUACAUUACACCCGGCUGCUGCAUCAACAGCGCUUAUCUGCUCGAUUAAUGCUGAGAUUCGCCACUUGGGUUGGUUUUAUUUGGCUGACCAGGUUAUCUGCGGUGUCAUUGUCAUUUCUAUUGCCUGCUUGUUUGGAAACAUGUAUGCUAGAUAUCCUUUGUACUGGUUCUUGCCUCCAAAGCUCAGUGCACCUAAACCGGCUGAUAACAAAAAUUCACUGCAUCAAACAAAGACUAGGAAAUCAUAA